AGUGUGUGCGGAUCAGUUGAAAGCGGUGAACGUCCGUUUCCUACGGUGCGGAUCUCUCUGAGUAUUUUACGAGCGAUUGAACAAAUCCUGACGACAGUUUUAGUGUAAGGUUCUAUGAUUAAGUGUAGUGUUGUGUGCUAGUGUCUCGCUCGAGGUGCCAUAACAGGGAUCCCUUAUCAACUGAGAUGCGUGUAAACAGUAUUCUCCUACAUUCGUAGGAUAAAAGACUGUGAAAUGGAACGAAGUAGCCAGUUUUUCAAAAGUGAUUGAACAAAAAAUGUGUGAGUGAAGAAGGAUCGAGUGUAAUUUGAAAAAAAAAAAUGGGGACAGUGCGUGUAAACCUGUUUAAAAAAGUGACGGGUGUCAUCCUUCUUAUUUGGAUUGCUGAUGCUAUAGCCUUGCGGGACGUGCAGCUUAUAGCCCCAUCGGCAGUCAGACUUGGAGAUACAGUGCUACUCGGUUGUAAGUGGACAUUAGAAGGAAACGAGACAUUGUACAGUGUAAAGUGGUACCGAGGGCGACAAGAAUUUUUCAGUUAUCUCCCCAAGGAAUAUCCGUAUACAAGGAUAUUUGCGCAACCCGGCAUUGAUGUCGACGUAUCCAAGUCGUCAUCGCAACAAGUGGUGCUACGUGAAGCGACACGCGCUUUAGCCGGCCGCUACCGUUGCGAAGUGUCCGCGGACGCCCCGUCGUUCCACACUCAAGUUCGAUCCGCCUAUAUCCACGUUGUGGGUGAGUGAUCUUGUUUCCAAUUUCUCGACAUAUUAAUUUUUUAAAGUUAGCUUAGUACUGUAAUAUGUGUAUAUAUAAAAUACUUACAUAAUAUACAGAAGAGUAUUGCUAAUAAUAUAUUAUGCUGUGCGUUGUUUUUGCCAGAUACAAAUAAAUAGCAAUAUCUAUGAAACAGAUCAAUAAUAAAACCUAACAUUUUUGUCUGCAAAUAAAACUAUCCAUAUAAAAUUGUGAACGUUUCUCUAAUUCAGAUCAAUUUGCAAAAACGUUGGACAUAUCAACGAUAUCCGCCAUGUCCAUGAGACUGAGAGCUAUUUGCAUAGCCGAAUAGGGUCCAUCGAUCGCAACAUCCCGCUGUGUCAUGACUAUACCGUUAUUGAACGAGGAAAACUUCGUUCCAGAUCUUAAUAAUUUAGGUUGACUUCAUUUUAGUUUGAUUUGAAGGCAAGGAAUCAGUAUUAAAUAAAAUAAAUCAAAAUAAUCAAAUACUUUACAGAAAUCGUGUUAUUUAAUGAUAAAAAGAGGUACUGACUGAAAUACUCGUAAAAUGAUUAGAAUGUUCUUUUUAUAUAAGCAAGAAUGACAAACAAGCACUUAGUUUACCUCAUGGUAAGUAGAUAACAGACAUCUAUACUUAUCCUUGAUUAAGAAUCAAAUACAGAUACGUUGAGGGUAUUCGAUUCUCGUCACUAAUUAUUAUACGAAAGGUAGAGCCUUAUGAUGCUAUUUCAAACAAGUAAUAUGUGCGGAAGUUACCAUAGUUCGUUCUGCCGACCCAUUUGUGCUAUAACUAUAAGACUGCAGUGUAACUACGCGGCGUCAAAAUGUCUAGGAAAUUACUAAAAUUUCAUAGUAUACUAACGUAAAUAGCAUAAUAAUAAUAUAAUUUUUCGAAUAAUGAAAGAUAGGAAUCGAUGACUGAAUAGGUAAUAAGAAACAAGGCGUUGUGUCCUAGUCCUAAAGAAUUAUAACCCUAGGUGGGUAAUUCUUAACGUAGCGUCGCGUCGUUUGACUAUCUCGUCGGCGUAGUGGCGUAAGUACGACAGCUGAUCAUGGGACCCUAGUAAUCCCGAGUCGGGCAAACAUUUGUUAAUAGGGGUUUCUGACCAGAAAUUCUCAAUAGUAGCAGAAUGUUGGCGGUGUUUCACACCCGUGCCUCGGAAUUACGUAAAGCCAUUGGUCCUGUACCUAAUCUUUCCCCAGUCGUGUCAGUUUGUCGUGCUAUCGGAUCAUGAGAGUGAGGGCAUAGAGCGUGUACCUGUGUUUGCGCAACCACACUACGCAGAUGGCUCGUCGUUACUCUUAUCGUAAUAUUGAAAUUGAUGUGUCUGAUCUACAGGGAACAUAUAUUAAAUGUGUUUCAUCUAUACAUACAUACAAAUAAAUAAGAUUGAAGUGUCUGUUUGUAAUUUCAAAAUUACAGCUUUUUACUAAAUACAUUUAGAUGUGUUAGAGCCAUGCUGCAGCUAUAUUAGUAGUGUAGUUGUAGCAAGAAUGGGUCGACUCGACCGGGGAAGGACCACGCUCUCACAGAAAACCAGCGUAAAAUAGCAGCUUAACGCUGCUGUGUUUCGUUUGGUGAGUGUAGAGAACCGGAGACCCCUUUUACUGGCAAAGAGGCAUUCCAUCUUGGUCUUCACGGGUGACAACGCAUCUGCAUCUUGAGUCUUUAUUGAGAAUAGAUGUAGAUGUCUAUGGGUCACAGUAGCCACUUGACAUCGGGUGGACUGUAUGCUUGUUUGUCACCCUAUCCUAUAAAAAAAAACAUGUGAAAGUAUAUACGGUACUAUUAACAUAAUACAGUUUUUAAAGUUUUUGUCUGUCUUUGUGUCUGUCUGCCUGUUUGUUCCGGCUAAUCUCCGAUACGGGUGUACCGAUAUUGACGGGAUUUUUAGAUAGCUGAUAUCACAAGGAGUAACUUAGGCUACUUUUAUUUUAGAAAAAGAAUUAGGGUUCCGCGCAAAAAAAUUAAAAAUCCAAAUAACACGCGGGCGAAGUCGCGGGGAACAGUUAGUACUUACAUAAAAAUAUUUAAAUAUUCGUACUUAACGUAUCUAAUAUGUAAUUGUGAUUACUAUUGUCUUUUAUUACU